ACCUACAAGGCAGCCAACAUCGCAAACACAAUAUUCGAUUCCCUUGGUGUUUAAGUUGUGUGUUUGUUUUUUCUACGUGAAUUAUGUCUGAUUGCACUGCAGAAGAAGCAAAGAAACCAUCUGGUUUUGGUUUCAAAAAGCGAAACAUUAGAAAACAAGGCACAAGGAAACGGAAAGUGAGCGAAGAUGAGAGCUCUGAAGGGAGUGACGAUGGAUCGUCAAUCGUGCGAAGAGCCAAGAAAUCUCACGAAAAUAAUCCGAAUUAUCAAUCUACCCACACAGCCAAGAAGAUGAGCAAAAUCGUUGCAUCUGAUGGGAGUGAUGAAGAUAUAUACUCAGUUGGCGUGACUUACCGAUCAAAACGCAAUGCUGAACCAGAAGGUCCUAGAGAUAUGGGUGCCACAGCAGAGGUUCAAAUUGAGACAGAGACUGAUAAGGAUGCUCAAGCAAUAUUUGAAAAGUCUCUUCAAAUUAAUAAGGAACGAAAAGGUAAAGAAGAUGACAAAGUGUAUCGAGGUCUGAAUAACUAUACACAGUUCUAUGAAAAGAAGGACACAGCACAAGGAAAUGCUUCCAGUGGGAUGGUAAGGAAGGGACCUAUUCGUGCUCCCACAAAUUUGCGUGCCACUGUUAGAUGGGACUAUCAGCCAGAUAUUUGUAAAGACUACAAAGAAACAGGUUUCUGUGGCUUUGGAGACUCUUGCAAAUUUUUGCAUGACCGAUCAGAUUACAAAUUUGGUUGGCAACUAGAACGAGAGAUACAGGAAGGUACUUACGGGGAAGCAGACGAAAAUCCGGAUCAAUAUGAAGUUUCCGAUGAUGAGGGUAACCUGCCUUUUAAAUGCUUUAUUUGUCGAGAGUCGUUCAAAGAUCCUGUUGUGACCAAGUGCAAGCAUUAUUUUUGUGAAAAAUGUGCAAUGGCACAUUAUCGCAAGUCACAGCGGUGUUAUAUAUGCAAUACGCAAACAGAUGGAGUGUUUAACCCUGCAAAAGAUAUUAUUCAGAGGAUGAAAGGUGAAGAAAAAAAUACAAAGAAGCAAUGUUCAAGUAGUAGUGACUCAGAUUGAAGAAGAGUUUCUGAGCGAGAAUUCAAUUCUUCAGUUUUGAAAGGACGUUCUGCUUAUCAAAUUUGAAAUCUGGCAUUGUGAGAUUUCCUUUAACUUAAAUCCUUCAGGUUUAUAUUCCUCAUUUAUAACAGUGCUUGUAAGGUGUGCUAGUGUGUGUUAUGUGUAAAUAGAAUAAUGACGGCACUGUUUGUAGAAAUUUCUACUUUUGGGGAAAAAAGUUGAACUAAACAAAUAAUUCCAGUUCCAAAUCUUUUAUUGUACAUAGUUUAUUUUUAUGUGCAAAAUAUCAUUAUAUCAUCUCAUAGAUACAAUUAUUUUGUACACACUUGAAUCAUUUAAUGUGACUAAUAAUGAAACUCUCGUAUAAAAUAAAUCAUUAUCUGAAAUACACAAUGAACUUUAACUUGGACAAUUUCCUCAAUCUUCAUUAGUUCGACUCUCAUUUAGAUAGCAAUUAAUACCCAAAACGAUGAAGGUCUAAUAGAAAUUGCUGAAACUAUUUCAUCCUUUGGCAAUUCACUUACCAAACAAAACAUGCAAAUCAGUCAAAAGCUUGUUGUAAAAUAUGAGUCUGGCAACAUAUGGUCUUUUAUUAGAAAAAUGAUAUCUAGAAAUGGAAUUCUGAAUUGACAUAUUGUGAAGAAAAAUUUUCUAAAUGUAUUAUACUUUCAGAAUUCUUGGAAAGAAAUGUGUAGGUAUGAGAAAAUUAUUUACGAAAUUCAAAAAUUCAUUUGAUUCUGAAAUAGAAAAUAGUAUUCUGGUUAUUUGUUGCAGGAACACAUGAAACAUUAAAAAAUCUGAUAAACAAAAGAAAUUAUCAGUGAAAUAGCCUAUGCCACAAUUUUCAGUUUAACUUUCUGAGCAAUUCACUUCUCAUUCUGAAUUGAAAAAUUAUAUUUUCCUAGCUGACUGUAGUAUAAUAUACAAACGUUUUCUGGGACAGUACCAAUUUACCAUGCCAAAUUUACGUAAUGAACGGUAUCUCAAAACUUCAUUAGUUUUAUUUAUUUAUUUCAGGUCUUUCUGUUAAUUCUCUGGUCGAGUAGCGACUACUGUAAUUGUUUUAGCAUUGGUAUCUUUCAAGUUAACGGUAAGGGAAACACUCAUACGGACAACGUGCAUACACACACACAAUGAUGCCUAGGGCAGGAUUUGAAUAUCCAACCUUUCGAGCCAAGGCAGUGACCUUCAACCUUAGUGACUUCGGCUAUCCAGACUGGCAAUGCAAUUAGUGUGGCUUACAGUUUAUUAUCUCUUUCUGCUCAUUCAAUUAUAAAAACGUAAGCAAUGAUUAGGUAAAAUACAGUCUUGCAAACCAAUUUUUGUCACUUUGCAUUCUUUCCCAACUAAGGCUUCGAUGCAUUGUUUAUUAUGAAAAAUCUUCUUCUUAUUUGUUGGUGUUAACUAAUUUAAUCUAUGUAUAGAAGUAUCACUUAAAUUUGAAAAGCUCAUUGAGGAUCUAAUCAACAAUUUUCUUUAAGGAACAGCUUAAAAUGUUGUAAUAUGUAACUUUUAUUUUAGUUUUUCACAAAAUUAUAAUGAGUUUUGUCUGUAAGUGUGAGUAGUGUAUUCGUCAAAAUGAAAAUUGUUGUAUGGCCAAAACAACUUGCAAAACUGCAUACAGAAAUAUUUUCUGGCACUAUCAUUGCGAAAUAUUGUGCUGACAUCAAGCCUGGCUCCCUAUUUUGAUAUAUUUAUUUCGUUUGUACCUGAUGUGAAUCACAAUGCAAGUAUAACACAUGUCAGUGACAAUCGUGUUCUAAAUUUAUUCACUAUCUCUUCUUUCAAGAGCCCUAGCAGUAUCAUGGUAGGUAUUAAUGAUCCCUUGCAUAGCCCUCUCUAGUAGAGGGGAGUACUAGUUUGUCCCUAGCAUUACCAACAGCUGGAUCUUGAACAUACUGUUUCAAUUUUCAUUUUAUUGACGUUUUUGAAAAUUUUGCUAAAGUAAUGAGUUGAUUUAUCCAAUAAUAUAAAUGUACAUCCAUUUAAACCAAAAAUUUUUUUCAAAUACAUUUUCUGCAAAAGAAAAAAAUGCAUGUCUUUCUUGCAUCAAAAUUUAUAUUUAAUGACAAAAUCUUUUAAUUGUUAUGUUGAAUGAUAGUUGAUAUAUCUUCAUAACAUAGCAAUGUAUUAAUCUACAACAUAUGACUUACAUUGCCACAAAUAUUUACAUUUAUUCUGAAUCUUCAGUUUUCGAGUGAAGAGUCCUGCAUUUCUUACCCACAGCCAAAGACACUUUGAUUACUCAAUUUCUCAAAUGAAUUGCCUCAUAGUUUCAACAAAAAUCACCUCAAAAUAUCAAUGAGAUUGAGCUUCCUAAACAAGCUGAAGCCUUAAAAAAAUUAAAACCUUUGAAAAACCAUAUAACUUUGGUGGACCUAUGAAUUCCUGGGGUUGCUGUGAAAUGGCUGUGUUAUUGCUGUGUUAUAUUCGUGCAUACAGUGUGCCAUUGGUGUUAUUCGGUUGCAAUGCCAUGUUAAGCAUGAACCCAGGGCCCCCAAUAGUAUGUAAAAAAAUUAUUUGUUACGAAAUUUUUCCAAAAAUAAAAUUAAAAAACAUAAAAAGUGAUGUAUGAUUAAACUGUACUCAAAAACAUGGCAUAAUGGAGUGAUGUGUCGCACAUCAUUGAGUAGUAUUUAUAAUAUAGAAUGUUGCUGGUUGAUGCGUUUCAAUUUUAUAUUCCACAAUUCAAUAAAAAAUUAAAACUAUAUUAAUUUAAUUUGUAAAUUUUUUCAAAGUAAUUAUCAAUCUGUUAUUCUUCCUUACUUAUAUAUAAUGUUUAAAGUGUUUGUUUGAAUAAUGUUAAAUUAAAACAC